AUGCAACUCCCCUCCCUCCUUCUCAUUCCCUUCCUCGCCCAUCUCACAAACGCUCAAUCCUUUCCCUUCCCUUCCAUCCCGGACCCCGCAUCCUUCGCCGCAUCCCCAGAUUUCGCCAACGGCCAAUCUUCUUCCUCAAACUCCUUCUCGUCUUCCUCCAGCUCUUUUUCUGACGGUCAGGGAAGCUCCAGUUCCUCGCAUGUUAGUACCACGUGUGAUGCGAACGCGAAGUGUGAGACCCAUGUUAAUGGGUUUGUUAAUGGGACGGCGGUGGGGGUGGCGACGCUGGUGACGUCGACGGUGAGGAGAGUGGCUACGAGUACGAGUUCUGGUGUGGGUGGGACUGCUUGUGGGAGUGCGAGUGGGAAUGCUAGUGGGACUUUGACUGGGAGUGGGAGUGGGAGUGAACAGACGGCGGGGCCGGUGGGAGGUGGAGGUGGGGGGUUACUCGGGGGAAAUGCAAAUUUGGCGACGAGUGGGACGGCGGGGAGUACGGUAGUUGUUACAGGUGUGCCACCGACGGGUAUAUCUGCGGGUGUAUCUACGGGGGCAGCGAAGCUCGAGGAGGGAAGUAGUGGGGCUGGAAGGGUGGGUGGUGGAAUGGAACGGAUCAUUAUGUUGGCACUUGGGAUUGCGAUGGGGGCUUUCAUUUUGUAA